AUGGGCCUAUUCGGUCACAUGCGCAUCCACGAGAGCGGAAUUGACCACAAUUCCGACAUAACCACCACAUCCAACACAUCCACCAUGCCCAGCACCACCCCUGCUCCAUCGCCAUACGCGCCCAUCACCACUGCCUCCUCUACAGCUGACACCGACUCCACCGACCUCUCAUGCCCACACUGCCCACGCACGUUCACCUCACACAUCGGCCUGGUCGGUCACUUGCAAAUCCAUCGCACAGAGACUGGCGAACCAGUGCCUGGAGCACCAACCUACACCCAUCACGCUCGUCUCAACUGCCCACACUUCCCUCGCACUUUCAGGCAUCGCAUGGGCCUAUUCGGACACAUGCGCAUCCACGAUGACCUGCGGUAGACAACCGCCGGUUACACCACACAUCCACACACUCCCUACCUUCCUCCACCAUCACCACCACACAUCAACACGCACCCAACUGCCACCUCCCACGCAAGUGGGAAGUCCGCAUCUCGACUCGGUCCCCAUGAGGCUUCGGCUGCACGGGUGACUUGAGUCCGAGACUAUCCCGACACGUCGAGCGUCGUGGAUAGGAAGGUUGCUGAUUGACGCCCGCUCUCGGCUCACGCAGUUCGUCGCGUUGUGUGUGUGUGUGUUGUGUGGAGUGGCGGACUGGUGGGCUGAGGACGGGCUGAAGCUGCACCUUCCACGGCUCUCUCACGCAAGUGAGAGACACGCCGUUCAAUCAACCCGCGUUGUGUGAAAUCCUGGUGUUUGUGUGUGUAUCGGGGGCCAGGUCGUGCCGUGGCGCGCGCAGUCAUGGCCAGUCGACCAUGACAGCCACCGCGCCCACUCCCCACUCCAGUCUGCUGACCGGCUCGGACAGCGGCUGGGGUGUGGGAGUGGGUAGCGAGAGUGAGGUCGACGACUCAGCGCACUUUCUCCUCACUAUAAACAAUCUGACGCGCUUGAAGCUAUCACGGUGCGCUAAAAGCCGUGGCUUGGAAGGUUGCCAACUGACGGGGUAACUUGGACCUCCUCCUUGACUGGAGGCGGUCUGAGAGUCAGGCUGCAAUGGCUCCUUUUUAAUGUGGCCUUUAUGGCACUCCCACCACAGUGUGGGAUCCGAGCCAGGCGUUGGCGGUACGCCUAGGUGCGGCUUCGGCCGUGCCAGCCUCCAAAUCUCUCUUGUGUUGGUUGAAAUCCUGGUUAUUGUUGUGUGGACCAGGGGGUGUGGUGGAACGCCAAGGUGAGGAUCCGUCCGAGCCAUCCACCUGCGGCCUCCCUCGUCUCCGGUCUUCUGGACUCUGUCUUGACACCGGGGGCGGGCGAAUGAGGAGGAGAGAGUGUAGGUAGAUGCUACGCAAGUCUACUGGCACUAUAAACCCCUGUGUAAGUCACCGUCCCUGCUCCCACUGCUGCUGCAACUGUGGGGCACACGGUGGACAUCAUCGAAACCGAUGGUCGAACUGUCAGGAAGGAUACAUAUUCUCGCAUCAUAUUUUAACACAAACCUUGAACUUAACCCUAAGCUUAACUCUAACCACCAUUUUAAUUAUAAUCUUAACGCUAGCCAUGGCUACAAGUUUAACCUUAAACUUAACCCUAAAUGCGAUCUGCCCGGAAUUUAGCUCAUCGUCACCUGUGUUAUGGGGUUAACCAUUCUUGAGAAUGGGAAACACCGUAUUAGUCGUACAAAAUCGUGUUCGACUAAUACAUAAGAUAAGCCGGUACAUGUAAUUUCAACGCCUUCGCAUGAGACAACUUAACUGCAACCUGUUGUAGACUUCAGUAUUCUCCGGAACCAGGACUUAUUUCUAUAAUCCAAUGACUUAUUUGAAUGUAGAGACAAGGUCCGCCUAUGGGCUGAAGACCAAACACGAGUGUUUGCGCCUAGUCAAAAGGAGCUCAUUUUCGUGGUUGGAGUUAUUGGCAGACGAUAGUAUUAAAACCCAUGUCAUGAAUGUCUUGGCGUCACAAGUUACGCUACAAGCAGCACGGGUAUUACCCAAAAGCCUAGACACGCGUGUUUCGCCAACAUUCUGCCGUUGCAUGGCACAGCUGUGAGGGGUUCGGCUCACCAGACGUCCUCUAGCAUAACCCGUCUGUUUUAGGCAUUCUUGUUUUGUUCCUAUUGACCCAACUGUGAAAAACUCGGCGCCUCGGUGGGAUUCGAACCCACGCAGUAAGGGGAAGGCUAUAGCGCAGCCAACGCUCUAACCACCUGAGCUACGAGGCCCCGCCGGACGACGCGAGUUUAAUCACAUUUGGGUCAAGUUACCCGCCCAACCUACUGCAACGUCUGGAAUCCACCAAAUCUGAUACAGUAAGUUGACUGCCCCAGCAGGAUUUCCUAAGUAAUUCACCUAGAAUCCACCAGAUGACUACCAGGCUCGCGUAAUUCAUUGAUGUUUUGGCAGAUUUUUGGGUCAAUAGGAAUAAUUCAAAAAUCUGCCAAAACAUCAAUGAAUUACGCGAGCCUGGUAGUCAUCUGGUGGAUUCUAGGUGAAUUACUUAGGAAAUCCUGCUUGGGCAGUCAACUUACUGCAUCAGCUUUGGUGGAUUCCAGACGUUGCAGUAGGUUGGGCGGGUAACUUGACCCAAAUGUGAUUAAACUCGCGUCGUCCGGCGGGGCCUCGUAGCUCAGGUGGUUAGAGCGUUGGCUGCGCUAAAGCCUUCCCCUUACUGCGUGGGUUCGAAUCCCACCGAGGCGCCGAGUUUUUCACAGUUGGGUCAAUAGGAAUAAUUCAAAAAUCUGCCAAAACAUCAAUGAAUUCUUGUUUUGCUAAUAGAAACGAAGAGGCAAGUUCCAGGAAGUAGUCGCGAGAAAGGAGACACGAUCGCUGGAACAAGAACUUUAUUAACCUAGCUCUGAUCUUCCGCGCAUUGGCACUCUCACUUCGAGAGAUCAGUUUUACGCCACGCGCAUCUCCUCCAUGGGGAUGCCGCCGCCUUUUUGCUCUACAUUUAAGUGGCCCCUCCUUUUGCAUGCAAAUAUGCCUUCUUUUAGAAUAAUUUUCCACCAGAACGUAGGUCAUCGCCUAAGUUAUCGGCACUUAAAUCGACAACGGAGGUGAGGACCUGGUCUACACCUGUCCUCAUUGAGUUUACACCUUCACCUUACACAUCUGUCUGGUCGGUCACUUGCGGAUCCAUUGCACAGAGGCUGCCGAACCUACACCCGUCACAUUCGUCUCUACUGCCCACAAUGCCAUCGUACAUUCAUGCACCGCAUGAACCUAUUCGGCCUCAUGCGUAUUCACGAGAGCGAAAUUGACCGCAAUCUCGACACACUUAACGCAUCUAGCUACCUGCCAUGCCUAGCCCCGCCCUCACUCCGCCAUCGUGUGCGCCUACCGCCACCAGCUCCAUCACACCCGCUGCAUCCUCCACACCCACCACCUUCAACCCUACUCACACCCCGUCGCCCGUCGCCCAGCGCCCACCACCACCACCACCACCGAAGCUGAUACUGACACCCCCGAUUUCUCAUGUCCACGCUGUCCCGCACAUCCAUCUCGCGCAUCGGCCUGAUCAGUCACUUGCGACUCCAUAG